AGGCAGAGGCAUCAGAAUGGCUUCUAAAUUAGGAGUCAUCACGAAUUUACUCAACAAAGCUAAUUCCAAAUUCGUCGUACAAAAAUAUAUUGAAGAACCGUUAUUGAUACAUGAAACAAAAUUCGAUAUCAGACAAUAUUACUUGGUAACAAGUACCUAUCCCUGGUAAUUUGGAUGUAUCGUGAUUGUUACUUGAAAUUUAGCUCACAAAAAUACAGCCUCAAAAAUUAUCACGAGUCAAUACACUUGACGAAUAAUGCAGUCCAAAGGGAAAUAUACGAAUUGCCUUGGAAGACAUUCAGAUCUCCCGGAGAAUAACAUGUGGGAUUUAGAUACAUAUAAACAAUACUUGAAUAGAAUUGGGAAGAUCAAAGUUUGGGAUAAUAUAAUAUAUCCUGGAAUGAUGAAAUCAAUCAUCGGGACAAUGCUGAGUUGUCAGGAUUCUUUGCCAGUAUGCAAAAACCGUUUUGAAUUAUACGGUUGCGAUUUUAUCCUAGACAAAGAAUAUAAGCCCUGGCUAAUAGAGAUCAAUUCUUGUCCGGACUUAAACCACACCACUCAUGUUACAGCCAGGAUUUGUCCAGCUGUAGUAUGCGAUAUUAUUAAAGUUGUUAUUGACUUCGCUGCGGAUCCAAACUCUUCGACAGGCAAAUUCGAAUGUAUCUAUCGUCAGCCGAUGACGAUUCCACGAUACGGCGGAGCAGCUGAUUUAAGCGUAAGAGGCUACAGUCUACCACUCGAGUACUUCUAUCGAGGAAAUAUAGAAUUAACUGAGAUAUACGAUAAUGCCGACAUCGAUAAAGAAUACGAUGUGAAAACCAUUUUAAAUAAACUAAAAGAACACUACGACAUCGAUAUCAUGGUGGAACCCGAUGAAGAUUUCGAUGACACAAAUAAAAAAGAAAAAGAAACAUAUGUUGAUAAUACUAAAUCUGAAUUAGAGUUGACCGUCGCUGCUACUGUUAUAACUGAGCAACUAGAAGAAUUGUUGGAUCGAAUAACUUCAGACCCAAGUUGUAGUUCAAAAUCGAAUGUCAAACGUGAAACUUCAUCAUCACAUUCCAUAAAGAGAAAAAAAUCUUCAUUACAAAGUGUGAAAAGUGUAACUGAUAUCAAAUCUUUGUUGAAGAAAUCUUAUAAUCGAUUUGCUUCAAUUGAAGCAAUAAACGUAGGUAACCAGCAAUUGUUUAAGUUUAGCAAAUUAGAUGACGGUCCAAAUGGUAAAGGAAGUUGUGCAGAAAUUAACCCAGUGGAAAAAAGUAUUCGUGACUUGACGACAAUAAUAAAAAUGGAAAAAAUUGAUAAAAAAUGUAAAAAACAGAACACUAAAUGCAAAUCAAUUGACAAUAUGUUAAAAGCAACAUCCAAGAUAAUUUCAUUUAUACACGAUAAAGAAAAAGAAUAUUAGAGAGAACUAUACACAAAGCAUUCUUAGACGUUUAAGAUAAAUUGCAUAUUACAAUUCAACAAUUCAUACAAUUCGUAUUAAGCUAUACUUAGGUAUUGAAGGGCGUCACCGACAAAGGCGUCACCUUAGGGUGACGCUAGUAAAGAAUGCAAUUUCUGGCAUGUUUCCGCUAAAGGUCAUCAAAGAGGAAGGAAGCGGGUUUAAGUAAUUUUAGAAUUUUUUCAUUUUACUUAAAAGAUCGCAUCCACUAAGUGUGCUAGCCCAACCAGGCGCAAGUGAACACGACCUAUAGAAAAACAAUAAGUUUUUCCCCUAAAAUCCAGCAAUAAUUUCAAUAGAAUAAUAAUUAAUCACAUUCCAUAUUCAUCUUUUAAUGCAAUAUAAAAUUCUUUUCGAGAAACA